CUCUACAUAGUCGGUUUCAAUUCGUGACUGCGCAUGUCAACGUACCUUGUUUCUGUUUGAUUGAAUUUUGAACUAAACAUAAACCGUAAAAAUUUAAUCCGAUGUGAUUUACGAUGCCCAAGCGAGUGUGCUGUGUUCGAAAUUGUGACUUCAAUCCUGGAGAUAAAGAAAAUCGAAAAACAAUAUUCCAAUUUUGUGAGAAAUCUCCAUACUUCAAAACAUGGAUGAAUGCGAUUGGACCAAACUUGAGAGAUGGAAAGAAAACUCGCAAAAAUUAUUACAUUUGCGAACGACAUUUUGAUGACAGUAAUUUACAUCGAAUUCCUAUGAAUAUAUUAAAGGAUGGAAAAGAGGUGACCCUGUUACGUAGACGCCCAAUGUUAAAAUCGACAAGUGUCCCAUACAUUUUUCCAGAUUCAAGGCUUAUAGAUUCAAAUAAUCUUGAAAGCUCCUCGAUUAUAGAUUCAAAUAAUCUUGAAAGCUCCUCGAUUAUAGAUUCAAAUAAUCUUCCAAUGGAAUGCACUUUAGAAAAUGUUUUUAACACAACGGUUUUACUAAAGGAGUGGAAUGCAAGACCUUCUUAUGAAUCCAUGGGGUCAUGGGGUGUGACAAAAACAACGUGUGGAUUACUUUUCAUACUUUUAGAAAGCACUUCAGAACAAUGUAGCAAUACAGUACAGCGUUCUUUACUUGUAAAGAAUGACAUGACUAUCGAGUUACAUGCUUAUAAUCAUCCUGUCACUUAUCAUCUUUUGGAAAAGGUGACGUGCCUACAAGAUAUUUAUUUUUUAUUACGAAAAAUAAGUGCAAUGAAAAUGUGCCAAGAAGAGUCCUGCACUAUUGGGUACUUUGAGCAUAAUCCACUUUCACGAUCCAAUCUUUGUAAAGAUUGCCAAUUAAAGAACAAAAGAAAAAAAGUAAGAGAAAGUAAACGUGAAAAGAGAGCAGCCGUCAGAAAAACGAAGGAGAAAAUUUGCAAGAAAAAUGUAAAACAAAAGUACAAACGGAUAUACAACCAGAUGAAGAGAUACAAAGUAGAAUUAGAGAAUUUAAAAGUACAAUGUGCCUCACAAAAAGAGGAAAUUCUCGACGAAGCAAUAGCAAGCUUCCCAUCUGCCUUGAAGAAGUCGAUUAAAGCCGGUAAAGAUAAAGUUGAGUCAACUUUUAGUUACAGCUUUUCGGUUACAGUCAAAAUCAACAGAUUUUUGCCGGUUAUUAUAAAUGGUAAUACGGGUUUCCUAUCUUCCAACUUUUACGGCACCGGUCUAAGUUAA